AAGUGUGAGUUAGUGGAACUAACAAAGUACAGGAAUUGUAAUGAGUUUCAUUUACAAUAUGGAAUUGCAAAGAUUUCUCUGCUUUGUGAGAAUAAUAAAAAUCUCUCUAAAAAGAGUUAUGUAUCGAUCGAAUAAAAUUCCAUUGAAGGAAACUUGUCAUGGUAUGUUAACAAGAAGUAUGCCAUUGACAAUCCCAUUUACUUUCAUGGGAGUUUGGGGACUUCUUCAAAAGGAUGGAGAAAAAGCAGUAACUGUCACUGCUAAAGAUCUAUUACUGACCAAAGCAGAUACUUUAUUUGAACAUGGAAAGUAUCAAGAAGUAUAUGAUCUUUUAAAUAAGUACAGGGAUGAACAAGAUGUUGAGAUCUUAUGGCGUUUAUCCAGAUGUUUAUAUAAGAUGUCUAAAACUAAAAAGGAUUAUGAAGCAAAGAAACUGAUCUAUGAGGGAUAUGAAUUAAUUUCACUUGCCUUAAGUAUUAAAGAGGAUCAUUAUGCUGUGCAUAAAUGGGUAUGCGUACUUUUGGAUAGUAAAAGUAGUUACGAAGGAAUGAAAGAGAGGAUAAAACAAUUGAACACGGUGAAGAACCAUAUGCUGAGGGCUAUAGAACUUAAUCCUAAUGACUCUACAACAUUAUACAUGCUAGGAAAUUGGUGUUUUCAAGUGACGAGCUUAUCUUGGUAUCAAAGAAAAUUAGCAUCAGCACUUUUUGGGGAGCCGCCAACAUCUUCUUAUGAAGAAGCAUUGAUGUAUUUUAAACGAGCAGAGGAAAUUAGCCCACAAUUUUACAGUCAAAAUUUACUUAUGUUAGCAAAAACGUAUUUAAAGUUAAAAAGGGAAGAAGAAGCCCAUAAAUAUCUUAAAUUGGCUGCUGAAUAUCCAGUAAAGUGUUCUGAUGAUCACGAAGCUAAACAAGAAGCUCGUAAACUUAUGAGUGGUUACGAAUCUGCAUGAAGUUGACGUUGGAUGCGUGGAUCUGGUCGUUGCAUCUGUUGUCCAACUUCAGGUCUGUCUGGCCACAGGUCCGGAUGAUCGUCAUCAAAGCUCAUAAGAUUAGGAAAGAGCAUGCGGACGAGUUCAAAGUUAUUCCUGAUAAGGUUCAUUGAUCUCUCGGGGCCACGAUUCGGCAUCUUUGCGAUUCAAUCUGUAGAGAAGGAAACAAUAUUUAAAUCGAUGGAUCAACCGAGACUAUUAUUGUUGAUUAAGAUAUGCCAAGAAAUGAAAUUUUCCUUUGCUCAACUUUCCUUAAAAAUGAAUAGGAAUAUUUAAAAAUCUCAAUAGUGCCAUUUUACUUUAGUAAAUAAAAAGAUUCUCUAUUUACAUGUACGCUGGUAAACAUGUCUUUCUAUGCCUUCCCAUUAUAUGUCGUACCUUAUACAUUAGGGAGCAAGUCAUGUUUAACAGUGUAUUUCUUCAGUUAAACUUUUCAGUUCUAAGUACUUUCAAUGUUUGGACGAAAUUUGUCAACGCGUAUACGUCUAAUGCGCCACAUACUGGAUGCGUAUAUAUACCCAUAGCACCGAAAUAGUUAAAGAUACAUUUAAGUUACAAUGUACUUUUACUUGUAUAUAUAUAUAUACAUACUUAUAUGUAAGUAUAUAUAUAUAUAUUUUUUUUUAACAUGACUGAUGAUACUAACUUAAUGGCAGAAUGUAUUUGUUCGAAUCAAGAAUUUUUUGUUUGAUACAUCAUAAUUUAUAUUUUUUCAAAAAGAAAAGGCACUUCCUACAUUUCUUGGCAUUCGAAUAAGAAUAGAGUUUGCAUUGUUCUUUUUCAUUAUUCUAAUAAUUACCGGAAAAUAGUUUGCAGAUAAUAGUUGAGGCACUUCACGUGAUCUUAUGUCCUCAAAAGAACAAGUUCUCAAACUGUAGGACACGUUUAGGUUUCGGUUAGAAAGAGUUACUCGCGUUCGCUCGUCUUCACUUCUGCACUGAUUUUAAUGCUCUGAAGAUUACCCCAAAGAAAAGUGCAUAUAUAUACCACUUUUAGGUGACCGCCCCUUUGAGUUUAGCCUUUUCUGAUUGGCACGUUGUAGUUAGUGAAAACUUUAAAUUUACCUGCAUUUCCUUCUGGUAUGACAAUUCAAAGUGCGGAGUCCCCUGCAACUAUUUACCUGAUAUAUUACCGAUGUUCGUUUUCCAGAGGGACCUCCAUGGGGAUAAUAAUCUUAAGACUACCUGAAUGGGUACCGGCGUUUCCAUAUAAUAGAUCAGGUCAUACGGAUCAGCCAAGUUGAGCCUCCCCGAAGGAUUACGAGCUGCUCAUGAUUCGCAGGUAAAAGGUACCAGGUAAACCUGCAAAGGGGUAGUCACCUUUAUGAUCGCAAUCUCGCGGUCGUAGUUCUCUAAGCAUAAUUCGUAGCUGUGAAAUCAUGCUGUAUGUGACAGUAUCUACAUGUCUGUGAAAUCAAUUUUUAAUUUGUCGAUGUGAUUCACUUCAUCUAAAUGAUCUCUCCAAGACCUGUUACCUUCGCCCUGGCACCGAAGACACUUUUUUGCUUUUAUGACGUUCACAUGUGAGCUCCUUGAUUGCUAAUAUUUUUAAUUGUGCGAUUAUCCUGGCACAAUCAUUUCUCGUAUGAGUGUUUUUAAUAAUUCUAUCUGCCGUUGGUAUAUUGAUCGAAACAUACACUAUUUUGGUUCUGGUGUAGGCUAAGUGAAGAAAAUAUUUUUUUAGGAAAUCCGAAUUCUGAAAGUAUCACAGGGUGUUCUUUAGGUGCUCAUGAGUUUUGUGCUAAAGUUUAAGUCAGUUCGGUGGCUUACCCUAAAAAAAAGUGUUUUAUGUGAAUUAACUAGUUUUAGGCAGGUUUCACUUCACCUUAAGUUUUGCUAAAUCGUAGGUAUAAGAAACGAACAAGACGUUGAAUUAUUUUUGUAUGAUAAAGAAAUGAAAUAACAAAGUAAAUGUUACGUACAUUCCAUUUGAUCCGUCAACCAUCAACAGCCGUCUAACAAACUGUGAUUUAUUAAAGACUGGCUUGAUUAUAUGUUUUGUUGAUACAUUUUCUAAUGUUUUAUUAAUUUUAGCAUACAAAUUGAAAUUUUAUCUAUGUAACAAAUAUAACGGGGUAUAAAAGUUUUAUAUAAAUUUAUAUUCUUUGUAAGUAGGUUAAGUAAAUAUCAAAAUAAUUGUAUACGUGUAUUGUGUUAAUAUAUCAAAUCCUAACUGAUUG